AUGGCCGCUCCAAAGACGGCGGAGAAGCUCAACGUCCGCCUGGACAACAACACCUAUGAAGGGCAGACGAGAGACCGGAUAGUGAUCAGCCGCACCAUGGUGAACAGCAAACGCACGCAGAAGCUCGAGAUCUACUUCAAGCGUACCGUACGCGUCACUGACAAUGGCUCGGGGAAUGAGCUGCCUCCCGGUCUCGGAUCGUUCCCGGUCUAUAGCAUCGAAGACUACAAGAAUACGCUGCCGGCUCACAUGGUCGCCAAGCAAGGCUACUUCAUACCUAUGCAUCAGCGCGAGGCUAUGUGGAUCAAGUUCUCCUGCCAGCAGCCGUUCGCUAUCAAGAUCUACGUCGGUGGUGUGAACGCGGUCUCAGGAGAGCCGGCGCGUGAGACGACGGAGACUAUGAUGCGGCGCCUCAAGCUUACCCAGCAGCGCAAGAGCAUCCAGGAUUACGUAGUCGCUCCGGAACAAAUGUGGCUCGACGGCAUCGCCUGCGGAGACGAGAAAGUACGUCAGUUCGUCGCCAUGCCGCUUGGUGAAGGCUAUUCAGUUGAGGCCCACAUCACCGGCGAGGAGGUCGUCGGUGGCCUGCAGUUCGAAGUCACUCCGACCCACCACGAGCCACAGAAAGUCCACUAUUGCUACGGACUUGGAUCGGCGCCAGAGGGAGUCGAUACCUUUCGAAUCUCUGUCAUCACUUUGGAAGGAUCAGAAUAUCACUUCAAAGUGCAUGCUGGGAACAACUUCUCCUGCGUUAAGGAGAUGAUGGAAGAGAUGACCGGUGUGCCUCCUUAUGAACAGCGACUCAUCUAUGGGGGGCGCCAGAUGCAUGACCAUUUCACCUUGGGCCAGCAAGCCAUCGUUGAGGGUGCGCGCCUUCAUCAAGUCCUCCGGCUUACAGGCGGUGGAUGUCCAACCAUGGGCAUCGCUGUCGGUGGCCUCAUCCGGCAGACCGUCAAGCGUGACAAGCAGAGCCCAAGCAUUUGGCAACCUGACUGCGGGACCAUCUUCAACGUGCAGAUACUCAACUCGUCAUACUUCCAAGAGGUCACAGGCUUGCCUCCACCACCGACUCCGGUCACCGCAGAGACAUACUCGGACUACGGGUACCCGUACUUCAAGAUGUUCGACGAGACGCCGAGUGGUGUUCAAGGCGCCUUCGCCGGCAUCAAAUCAGUUAACGAGAUGGACGUCGACGGCAAGCCGAGCGCGGAGAAGGCGAAAGCGGUGGCAGAAGUCAGCAAGAACACGAACAAUCCGGUGGUUUUGCUCGAUGAGAAGGCUCGCCGUGUCGGCUUCCGCACCGUCUUAGACUUGGAGAUGGCGGUGCGGAAGCGAUUCGCUAAGAUGAAGGUCUGA